AUGAGCCAAGACUCGCGUGGCAGCGAAUUUCAAGGAAGUUGGAGUUUACAUGAAGAACUUUGUAGCGUUUUGACAUUGCUCGAAAAGUCGGAAACUAGUCAAAUUCUACCGACGGAAGUAGAGGACAGUAUACUAAAGUUAGAAAAGCUUACGAAAAAAAUCUCGGUGAGAAAUACUUUCAGCGAUAACGAAGAACUGGAAGAAAUACCGACGAAUGACUUGAGAUUUUUACUUCUGCCUGCACUGCUUGGUUUCUUUACGUUGAAAGUGCGCAAUGAAGAUAGGCUGGAAUUACUUAAGAGAACGGAGAUAUACUUCAAUGAUUUUUUGCGAAGACUCUCUCAACUGGGAUUCGCCGAGACGGAGGAUGGUCGACGAAGCACCGACGAUGGAAGCGAAGAAUGCGAUGAAGGACCAGCGAUGUCUGCAGUGACGAGGCGAGAAUUAAAGAUCCGAAGGUAUGUGUUUUUGAUAAAUCGCAGAAUACACAGUCGGCAAAACCGAAGGUUUAAAGAGCGGAUUCAGUUGCGUGACAAGAUUGCUCAAUUGCACACCGGCUCGUUGGAGGAUUCGACUAAGGCAGAUGAAGAAACGAGGCGCGAAGUUUAUCUGGCUGAAUUGAAGUAUUGGCAGCUGCAGACCGUAGAC